AUGCUUCCACACUACACCCGCCAGUCACUCAACGGGGUUGGAGCUGGUCCCAGCGUUAUGCCGACCCCACCGCUAGGGACUCGCAAGCGAAAACGAGCCCAUCAGUACACCGUCAGCUACAGCGAAGUCCAGGAGGUAGACAGCACUGGACGACUGCGAGAAGUCAUAGUAAUUGAAGAUACACCACCUCCAGCAACCAUAUCACCCGCAACCACCCACAAUGGAGGCUACUCUGCAUCAUAUCAACCGCCCUUAUUCUCUGCACCAGUACGGACAAGAGCACGGGCCGCUGCUGAAGCCCAAGCUUUGUCUGCGUCGACCUCAUCUGCCAUUGUCGCACCAGCGCCCAAGAAAAGGAAACGGGAACCUGACCAGAACCAGGUCCGUGCGCCGGUUCUGAAGAAACCCGCCAUCGCCGCCAUCCAGCCGACACAGUCUUCCUGGGAUAGCAGAAGCGGUGCGGCUACGGAGGACGGCCCUCCGCCAUGCGAUGACAAAGAAGGCCAUUAUAUUAUCGUCCCAGAUGAUAUGAUUCAUGGGCGUUACCGGACGAUCAGAUUGCUGGGCCAAGGCACCUUUGGCAAGGUAGUCGAGGCAAUAGAUACGACAAAUAAUGCACGGGUCGCUAUCAAGAUUAUUCGUGCCAUUCCCAAAUAUCGAGAUGCGAGCAAGAUUGAGAUACGAGUCUUGCAGAAACUGAAGGAGCGAGACCCGAUGAAUAGAAAUAAAUGCGUUCAUCUUCUACAGUACUUCGACCAUCGGAAUCAUAUUUGUUUGGUCACUGAGCUCUUGGGGAUGUGCGUAUACGAUUUCCUGAAGGAAAACGACUUCGCGCCCUUCCCUCGGCACCAUAUACAGUCCUUUGCCCGCCAAUUACUCGGCAGCGUGGCUUUCCUCCAUGAGCUGCGACUUAUCCAUACGGAUCUGAAACCCGAGAAUAUCCUUCUCGUCCACAACGACUUCAAGGUCGUACAUGUCUCUGGAAAGGUUCGUCGUCACGCUCCACCGAAGCCGAAAAGGCUUCUUCAUUCCACAGAUAUACGUCUAAUUGACUUUGGAUCGGCGACGUUUGAACAGGAGUACCACUCGACAGUGGUGUCAACCAGACAUUACCGUGCACCGGAAAUCAUCCUAGGUCUCGGAUGGACUUUUCCAUGCGACGUAUACUCUCUAGGCUGUAUCUUAGUCGAGUUCUACACCGGCAUAGCCCUGUUCCAGACCCACGAUAACCUCGAGCAUUUGGCCAUGAUGGAGAUGGUCAUGGGAAGGAUGCCAGACAAGUUCGCACGGGCGGGAGCACGGUCGAAACCUGAAUAUUUCAAAGACGGUCACAAAUUGGACUGGCCAAAGCCCAAGGCGUCCAGGCAAAGCAAGAAAGAUGUCCGUGCGACGAAGGCAUUGCAUGAGGUAAUCCCUCCGACGGAUAUGAUUAACAAGCAUUUCCUCGACCUUGUACAAAAGCUCCUUGCAUUUGAUCCAUCUCACCGCAUAACUGUCAAAGAGGCCCUGCACCAUCCUUAUUUCUCGUUAAACAUCCCGAACGAAAUAUAA